AUGGCCGAGGCGUCUAGAUGGCACCAAGGCGGGACUCAGAAAUGGAAACGGUCAUUCAAGAGGGAAGUAAUAAUUAGACCCACACUUCAGGAUUUGUUAGUCUACUUUAUUUUCUUAGUAAACCUGUGUAUAUUGACUUUUGGGAUGGUAAACCCACACAUGUAUUACUUAAACAAAGUUAUAUCAUCUCUAUUUUUGGAUACUUCUGUGCCUGGUGAUGAACGAACCAACUUUAAGUCUAUUCACAGAAUAACUGAGUUUUGGAAGUUUAUGGAAGGACCCCUUUUGGAAGGUCUAUACUGGGACUCCUGGUAUAAUAACAAAAAGCUGUAUGAUUUAAAGAACAGCAGCCGCAUCUACUAUGAGAACAUUCUUCUAGGAGUCCCAAGAGUCCGUCAGCUGAAAGUUCGCAACAACACAUGCAAGGUCUAUUCAUCUUUUCAGUCUUUAAUUAGUGAAUGUUAUGACAAGUAUUCUUCUGAAAAGGAAGACAAGUCUGAUUUUGGCCUUAAAAGUGAAUCUGAAUGGAAAUACGCUACUUCUAAAUAUAGAAUCCCCUGGCACUGGGGGUUUGUUGGUGUGUACGGAAAUGGGGGCUAUAUUUUAACUCUGUCAAAAUCAAAACAAACAACAAAAGACAAGUUCAUUGACCUUCGGCUGAACAGCUGGAUCACAAGAGCUACAAGAGUUGUUUUUAUUGAUUUUUCUUUAUACAAUGCUAAUGUAAAUCUGUUUUGCAUCAUCAGAUUGGUGGCAGAAUUCCCUGCAACUGGAGGAAUAAUUACUUCAUGGCAGUUUUAUUCGGUGAAGCUCCUUAGAUACACUAGCAAGUAUGAUUAUUUUAUUGCUUUCUGUGAAAGCAUGUUUUGUAUUUUUCUCAUUGUCUUCACAAUACAAGAAGCAAAAAAAUUCAAAGAAUUGAAACAUGCCUAUUUCAAAAGCAUUUGGAACUGGAUAGAAUUGCUCAUUUUGUUGUUGUGCUUUGCAGCUGUUUCCUUGAAUUUAUACUGCAAUACACAAAUUUUUCUCUCACUUGAACAACUUUUGGAAAACACUGAAAAAUACCCAGACUUCUAUUAUCUUGCAUACUGGUGCAUUUAUUACAAUAAUAUAAUUGCUGUUACCAUCUUCUUUGCAUGGAUAAAGAUAUUCAAAUUCAUAAGCGUUAAUAAAACAAUGUCUCAGCUAUCUUCAACCUUGUCCCGCUGUAUCAAAGACAUACUAGGAUUUGCCAUCAUGUUUUUUAUAAUAUUCUUUGCUUAUGCCCAGUUAGGAUUUCUUGGUUUUGGAUCACAGGUUGACGACUUUUCCACUCUUCAAAAUUCCAUAUUUACACAAUUUCGAAUUCUUCUUGGAGAUUUUCAUUUUGCUGGUAUCCAGGAAGCCAAUUGGAUCUUAGGGCCCAUUUACUUCAUCACUUUCAUCUUUUUUGUGUUCUUUGUCCUCUUGAACAUGUUCUUGGCAAUAAUUAAUGACACCUACUCUGAAGUGAAGGCUGAUUAUUCAAUAGGCAGAAGGCCAGAUUUUGAACUUUGCAAAAGGAUCAAAAUGAGUUACCAAAAUGUCCUGGAGAAACUGAAAUGGAAGAAAAAAGAAAAGGCUCAAGACAAGAAAAUGAAAAGGAGCAGAGAUUUUGUGGAACAAGCCAGAAUGGAAGGCUUUGAUGAAAGUGAGAUUCAAAGUGCAGAGCAGAUGAAAAAAUGGAAAGAGAGGCUUAAGGAAAAGUACUAUUCUGCAGAAAUCGAAGAUGACUACCAGCCUGUCACGCAACAAGAAUUUCGAGAUGGCACCAUAACCAAGUACAAAAUGAAAUUCUCUGAGUGCCUGACAAAAUGA